GCAGAGAGAAGCAGCAGAGAAGAGAGACCUUUGCUUCUGGUAGACUAGUUAAAAAAUCCCAGAUCUAUCAAUGGUCCUCCGGAUCCCUCUGCGCAGAAGCGCCAGCUUCACCCCAGACCACCAGUCUGUGGUGGAAGUGCCCACUCCCACACCCCUGAAGAUGGAAGCAAAUGUGGUGGUCCUUGGAGCAGACAGCGUGGGAAAAUCAGCUUUGACCGUGCGCUUUCUCACCAGAAGAUUUAUUGGGGAAUAUGGAGAUCUAGAGUCUAUCUACACUCACACUUUGGCCCUGGAAGGCAGAGAGAUCCUUUUCCACAUCUGGGACUUCCCUUGCUCACAGGAGCGAGCGGAUGAGAGCUCUUCCGAGGACAAGCGCAUCCAGUGGGCCGAUGGCUUCAUCCUGGUCUACAGCAUCUGCGAUCGAGACAGCUUCAACAGCGUCCAGCCCAAAGUCCAGUCUAUUAAGGCCACCAAGGAAGGCCCAAACCAGGAAAAAGUGCCCAUUGUCAUUGUGGGCAACAAACGGGACCUGCACCAUCGGCGAGCGGUCUCCAGCGAGGAGGGCCGUCUCCUGGCGCUCUCCAUGGAGUGCGAGUUCUACGAGGUCUCCGCGGCAGAAGCCUACCACGGAGCCCUCCUGGUCUUCCAUGGCCUGGCAGAACGGAUCUGUGAGGCCAAACUGCCGCUGAAGAAAGGCACCGGCAUCCGCAGCAUUGUCAAGAGUGUGUCCGCUGUUUUCGCCCGCAAGAGAACAGACUCAAUGUGAAUCGGCCUGCGUAUCGCGUCCAGGAGCAUCGUGGCGUCUCGCCAGCCAUCUCCUCCUCCUCCUCCUCCUCCUCCUCCUGACUGUGCAGAGUGGAGCGUGAUAUCUCUCUGAUGUAAAGCGAUAAGCCUUCUCGUUCUGCUAAGCCUAAGGGCGGCCCUCGAAUGAGGUGAGAUGAGGCAGUCACCUCAGGCGGCCGAUUAUUGGGGCAGAAGCAGGGUGGCAAGAUGCCCCCCCCCCCCACUGCUCCUAUUAGAGCAGCUCUUUGGGACAGACCAGUCCCUUGCAUGCUUUGGGAGGAUGGCCUCCCUUUGCAGUCCUUGCAAAGGAAAGAAGAGGCUGAGAGCAACCUUCCCCCUCCUGUCCCCUGUGCCACACUCAUCGCUCACAAGGGUCAGUUUGGAACGGGUGCCGAUCCAGGCACAUAGUUAGGGGAGGGAGGGCUCGUGUUUGCCCCUCAUAAGAACAUAAGUAUAUAAAAUAAGUAAGAACAGCCCUGCUGGAUGAGGCCCAAGGAAGCCCAUCUAGUCCAGCAUCCUGUUUCACACAGUGGCCCACCUGAUGCCUCUGGGGAGCCCACAGGUAAGAGCUGAGGGGCAGGCCCUCUCUCUUGCUGUUGCUCCCCUGCGACUGCAGUCCUCAUGUGCAAAAGCCAUGCCCCCCCCUUGUGUGACAUCACAUGUAGGGUGUGUAGGCAGCCCCCGGAAGGGCCAAUGCGGCCCACUGGAUCUCAUUCCUCAGCCAGAUUCGUUGUUGGCUGGGUGGUCGUCUUUGUUCUCUUGGUGAGAAUGAAGAAAAAAAACCUAGCAAAGAAGCAGGCUGGGAAACGAAGCGGGCCCAGCUCUCCGUGGAGGGAUAAGGGGUGAGCGAGGCAGCUCUGGGCGGCUUGGGUUUUUUGAACCCAUUUGCCCAAUUAUAGUCCCUUGCUUAACUCUGCCCUGAAGACAGGAAACUGAAGGGCUGACCCAACCCUGAAGGCCGUACAGGCAGUGCUUGUACGGCCUUCUGGGUUGGGUCAGCAUGGGGAGGGUGACUACUUUUGAGCACUGUCUGCUCCAGUUGAGUGGGAGAACAUCGGCUUUACAUGCAGAAGGUCUCAGGUUCUAUGCCUGGCAGCAUCUCCAGGUAGGGCUGGGACAGGCUCCUGCCUAAGACUUUGGAGAGCUGCUGCCCGUCAGAGCAGACAGUGCCGUAUUUAACCAAAUAGGAGGUGACUCUGGAUGUAAGAUGAUAAAAGAUAGUGGUUAAGUAAAGGGUAUACCUGCAUUUACUCAAAAACCGCCUUGAGAUGUAUUAUGGAAGGUGGUAUGGAAACUGAACAAUAAUAAAUAAGAGAAAGAGGACUCUGAAUGCAAGACGACCCCUCCAUAUGUAACAGGAAAGAACUGGGGGAGGGGGAGGGACUCAUCUUGGAUUUGGGUAAAUACAGUACUGAGAUCAAUAGACCCAUGGUCUGACUCAGGAUAAGGCAGCUCCCUGCUAGCAGUUUGGGAGAGGCAAAGCAUCUCUCUGCGGAGAGACCAGGAUCUUUGCCAGAUUCUCCUUCGCUCUCCAGUUCGGUCUUGUUGUCUCGCUCACUUCCAGCUUGUUACCCAGCUCUCGGAGCACAAGUAGGUGCCUGGAACUCUGUGUCCUCACCAGCCUUCUCCAUCCGUUCACUGUUACUCAGCGAUGUGCUGCACACGCCUAUGCAAAAGCACACAUGGCUGUUUUCCAGAGCCUGGUGUGGGUGUGGCGGAUCUGAAAUAAUCUGGUCCCGGGUAAAAGCCACAGCUUGUCUCCUGCUGGAAAAUUAUCCUCAGGCCCCGCCGACAGUUGGUGAAGAAUGUAGGGAACUGGUAGGAGCAGACGUGUUAAUUGGGAGGAGACAGCAGGGUUUCCGGCUCUGAGAUGCCAGAUACUUGUGGUUGCAGGGAGCAGCGUUACUCGGCGGGAGGGAAAGGCACUCCAUCUAUGCCCAGUAUACUCCAGUUCAGCUGGUCUGUAGAGAAAAAGAAAAGAGCUGGUCUUGUCCCUUUAGCUAAGCAGGGUCCACCCUGGUUGCAUAUGAAUUGGAGACUAGAAGUGUGAGCACUGUAAGAUAUUCCCCUCGGAGGAU